AUGGAGAAAACUCCAGCAUUUACAAUCGAAAAUUUCAUUGAAUCUUGGAAUGGGGCGUUUCCGAAUCAUCCUCUAACGGCGGCUGACUUAAAAAAGCCCCUGGAAGUAAUGAAGGCACUGCUUGCAAUAUUUGAUCGCCUCGAUAUUGACAGGGAAGCUAUAUUGAAGCCCCCACCAGAAGAGAAUCGUACCGAGAGCCUCAUGUACUACUGGGACUUGCUGCCAGUCAUUAAUAUGACACGCGUCAUCAACCGCUUUGUGUCAGAAAUGCCGCAAGUCGGAGCCACUAUCAGCAUCAUACAUUUACUACAGCCGACAGUCACCACAUCUCAUUCAAUACUGCUUCUUUUGGUCAAUCUGAUGCUAUUCAAUGAGGAUCGGCUACGAGAUAUAGCACCGUACGAAGAGGAGCUAUUUGCUAAGACUAAUCAGGUUAAACUGUUAGAAGAUAAAAGGGACAAACUGAUUAUUCUUCUGAAUGAGCAGGCUGAAGAAAAAGGAAAGAGAUCAGAACGUCUUGAGAAGUUGGAUCAAGACAUAAAAAUAUAUGAAGAAGAACUCAAACAGGAAAACGAAGCGUUAGUAGAGGACAAACUGGAAUUAGAGACAGCUGAAAAUGAGCAUCGACGUACACAGACAAUUCUAGAACAGAAGAAGACUCACAGGGAUACUUUACUCGCAGAAGUAGAAAAGAAGAAAGCAUUAAGAGUUUACGACGCAGAAGAUAUAAAGGCUCAAGCUGAACAAGCCGCUAGGAAUGUUCAAGAUGCUGAGAAGAAACUCAACGAUUUGAAGACUACGUUGAUGCAGAAGGAAAACAGCUUAAAGAACUUACAAACCAUAAAACCGAAUCUAGACACGGCUAAUAAUUUGCUGUAUGAAAUGUCCAAGCUCAUGGAGAGUGUACGGGAAUAUGAGACUGGUGACCUUGAAGCGGAUAGCAAGGACGGAGAGUUGGAAGUUCUAAACACGGAGCUAUCGGAGCUGGAAGUACAGCUGCAGGAGUUGAAGACAGCGAGAGAGGAAGAGGGACAGAAAAUGAGAGAGAAUAAUAUGAAGAGGCAGAGAGAAAGAGAAAUACUUAUAAGUAAUCUCCAUGAGGCAGAGGAACGAGAUAGGAAGUAUCAGGAGCAAUCAAUAAGGGAUACACAGAGAAUAGAAGAAUUAAAGAAGGCUAUACAAAAAUAUGAACAAGAAAAGACGGACUGUUUGGCACAGAUAGACAAAAUAAAGGAUGACUUUACUAAUGGGCUGCCAUCAUGCUCUGGUUUAGAGAGCAGCGGGCCUUCGCAGUUGAGAGCUUCUUUUCUAACGGUCGCUCACUUAUUACUACGCAACGUGCCUUCCGCGCUCGCUUUGAAAUUCCUCCUCACAGACUCGUUCCUGGCCGUAAUUCGAUUCUGUCGUGGUUUAACUCAUUUUGGGAGUGUGGAAGUGUCGCCAAACCCAGAAAUGUACUUCAACGGACCAUCAGAACUCCGGAAAAUAUCAAAAGAGUGA